AUGGUAAGUAUGCAUACAGUCGGUGGGAGCCUUUGAACAGCCUGUUAAACCUUAACAAGUGUACAAUUUAAUAUCUACAAUAAAGCAAACAAACUAUUCCACCUUAUAACAGUUUACCAUUCUUUUUACUUCUAUUCCCUACAGAUAAUUUGAAAAAAACAAUAUCUGAAAAUCCACCCGUGUACGCUCAUUGAUUGAUUGAACAACCAUUAUAAACAAUACAAAAAACAUUCCAAAACUAACAGUCAAACGUCGCAGUCUCGCACUCAAGUCUCAAGAUCCAGUGCGCCUGUGUGAAAAGUGUGUGUGUGUGUUAUUCGCCGGUGGGGUACCUUUGGUCGUUGCUAAACUAUCGGUUCAGAACCCGACUGCUAUCCGGUUCUGGUCCGCACUAGAGUUAGCACAGUUUGCGUAUCCCCCCGCUGCCAUCCCUCCGCUGCUCAGUAUAACGAGAAGUGAGUUUCGAAAGUGAAGUGCCAAGGAACAGUGUUCUGGUGCCGCCGCAUGUGAAGGACCAAUACAAGAGGAACGCACCCCUUCAAAUUGGUUGACGGUAGGAGAUACAAGCAGUGCUGCCAUCUGGUGUUGCUGGUGAGGAAUAAUGGAUGAGGAUUGCAAUCCCUUUGAUAUCAACGAUGGAAAAAAUCAAGCGAGAAGCAAGACUGAGCUUGAUGUCGAGAAGCAUCUACUCGGUACAACGGUCAAGCUUUCCGAUGGCACGAACGGGCGGGUCUUCAGCCGUAAUGGACGAAACAAGGAAAACCUUCUCAUCUACUCAUGCCACCUCUGUGGGGUGGCCAAUCUGUCGGGAGAGCGCAUCCUGCAGACGCAUAUCGCUGGUAGGAAGCAUCAAACCCGAUUGAACAUGCCGAUGAUUGAUGCCGAUCAGUUCCGUAGCGCAUCGACCCCGAAGGUCGCCAAGGUUCAAAUGCAUAUUGCACCUGGUGAGCCGGUUCCACCCGGUAUGGAGAAUGAAGUGAAACCCGUGGCGGAACUUCAGGCCACUAUCGAUCGAUUCAAGGAUGGACCGAUGGUGGGGCUGGAGUACAUCAUGGAGCUUAGCACCCCAGGGUCGAAGGAACCAAGCUACCACUGCGUGCUGUGCGAUAAGAAAGGUGACCCGCGAACCAUUGUGGUUCAUAUCACUAGCUAUAUUCAUCGUAUGAAGUUUUUGGAAAAACAUUACCCAACCGUGAUCAACGAGCUGGCACCGUACCGUGGACAACGAGGUGGCACCAAGGAGAUCAUCAAUCGCGCAAUCCAAACCGUUUGCGAAGCGAUCGAAGACCAUCACGGUCGGUUGACGCCGAACGUGCACGAUAGUGCGGAUUAUGCUCGUAACAAGAUGAAGUACCUGCAGGAGGUACUCUUCGACAAGCACUUUGACGAACGUACGGGACCGAAGUUUGUCGAAGUGAUCGACAAGAAGAUGCUGCAGGAACAGAUGGCCGUAGCGAAUGGCACCUUGGUAGCUGAAUUGACACGGGAUCCCUCGCCGCCGGUUGUCCAAGCUCCGCAGAAGAAGACACGCCCAGCACGAGCCGACCGCAAGAGCCUGGACUCGAUAUCCAGCAUGGACUCGGUGCAGAGCAUUUCGUCCGAACAUGACGGAACCUCUUUUUCGACUCGCCGGAAGCACGCUCCGGCCUCGUUGGAAGCUCGUUCCGGAUCAACUAGAAUGUUCGACACGAAUGGAAACGCCCGCUCCGGAGUUCCACGUACUCUUUCCAACCGACCUUCCGGCCCGGGAGGUAGCACCGCAAACCCUCGCUCUCGUCCGGCGCAUUACUCACCGCCGCGGGAUCGUCGCCCCGCUAGAAGUCCCGAAUGGCGCCGAAGUCCGGCCCGUCGAAGCCCGAACCGGCGCCGUGCUCCGGUGCCAUUCCGACGCAGUCCGGAUCGUGGACGUUUCGGUCGUCACAGCCGCAGUCCACCACCGCGACGCCGAUCCCGUAGUCCUCCGGCACGGAAGCGUGGAUCGCGUAGCCCGGUGAGACGUCGCAGCCCCAUAGGUCGGCAUGAUCGAUCUCCGAUGCGGUUCGGUGGCGACAGGAAGUCCCGGUCGCCGGAACCGGAGAAACGCAAAGCCCUGCCGACGCCGAAACAGCUGGCAUUGCAAGCUUCGGAGAUUGCUCACGAGCGCUACAAGUGGGAAAAGUAUCGCUGCUCGUUGGAGAUUGCCGUUGCCCAGCUGGAAAAAGCCUUCAAAGAGCAUGAAAAAAAUCCGGAGAAACAUCCAAUGUACCCGGAAGAGUGGAAAAAGUUCUGGAACCGACGGUACAAGGAACUUCAAGCGGAAAAGAAGGAUCCAUCGAAGCAUGACUUCAAACCGGAGUGGAUCGGCUUUUGGACGAAGCGGAUGAAGGAGCUGCAUGAUGAGGAUAUUGACAAGAAAAAAGCGGAAAUCAAGAAAAAGCUAAACCUGCCCGACGAGGAAUCCGAGAAAAUCAAGGAACUGAGGGAGCAGUAUACCGUGAAGGUGAGCAAGAAGAAGCGUUCGGUAGAGCCGAUCGAGUCGAGUGAUGAUGAUAAAAUUAGUGUGAAGUCAAAGACAUCAGCUAGGCCGAAGAAUGUCCGUGUCAAAAGAUCGAGGAGUCCGAUCAGUGCGGAUGAUUUUGAAGAGAGAUCACGUCAUAGCAGCAGCAGACAUUACAGUAGAGACCGUGAUCGCGAACGGGAGAGGGCUCAUUACAAAAUGGCUUCUUAUUUGCAAGAACAACAAGAUUACGACGAAUGGGCUAGAAGCUAUUAUGGUCCGAAUAAGACUGUCUUUGUACGUACCGAGUUCGACGCAGAAGACACCAGUCCACUCAAUUUCGUUGCUGUUUGUCGCCUGUUGACUGCCUUGGAGGAAUACCUAGGUAGUUUAGGUCCUAAGGUGAUCGAUCUGCUUUCGAAGGCACUGGCUCUAGAGAAAGUUAAAGCCAAUUCGGCAGAUGAGUUGCUGCUAAACGAAGAUAAUUGUAUGUUCCUGGAAACGGUGAAAGAGAAGCUCAAAGGUCAUUUGAUGGCGGAUAUGGUAGAACCGCAAAAGAUCCCUCCGGUUAAGAAAGCGAUCAAGAACAUUGCCAGCUUAAUUCACGAAGCGUCCAAGAAGGAAAAGAAAGAACCGGAGUCAGACCGCACGUCAUGUUCCGUGGCGGUUGCGACGGCAGCGGCUGGUGGAAUUGACAAAGCUGCCAUUGCACAGAAGUUGGCCGCUGCUUUGGUGGCGCAAGGCAAGACCGACUUUACCAGCGAAGAACUGGAGGAGUUGAUCAAUGUGUACGUUGCCAUGGCGGAAGCUUCCAAGGAAAAGGAUAAGCCCGUAACGACUAGCAGCUUCCUCAACGAAGUCAUUCCAGCCAAGAGUGAGCCUGAGAAAAGACCGGAAAGCUCGUCUCGUCGUUCAGAAGAAGCUCCAGACGAUGGAAACGCAUUAGAAGGCUUGACGGAUUCGGAUUUGCAGACUUUGCUCCAGAACUUCAAAGAUCUCUCCAACGAGGAACAAUUGCAUUUAAUUUCCCAUCUCAAGAAGCUUGAGAAAACCGAUCCAGUGCGGGUGGAGAAAUUGAGGAGGUACGUCAACUUAGAUGACAAACCAUCGAGUAGUCGGGCACGGGAUGAGUACUACGAUGAUGAGGGAGAUCGAAACUACGGUGACGACAAUCAGCAUUACAAUGAUGAUGAUGGUGGUGGUGGUGACAAUUUCGAUGACGAUAGGCAGGACUACAACAAUGGAGCAAAUCAGACUAGCAAACCGGGCAACCCAAUCAAGCCGCUAGUGUCUGGAAGCUAUGGCGGAGACUCGCCGGAUCCGUACGCUAAAAAGAAGCUGAUCGAUUCGGAAGAUGAAGACGACUACAGCUACGAUGAUGUGGUUCGAGCCGCUUCCAAGAAUGUAAUCGUUCCGCCAACGAACAGCAACAGCAACAGCAUGCAAGGGCCAACCCAUCGGGCUGACUUCACCAGCGAUAACUACGAUGGUAAUUCCAACUUUUCUCGGGCAAGUAACGAGCACGGUACCCAAAUGGAUACUCAAAACAUCAUCGCAAACUUGAUGGGUUCCCUGCCUGGGAAGUCCUCCUCUGCGCAGAGUCAAGGCAACUACAGCAAUCCUAUCUCUACUAUUGGUCAAUCGGAAAACCCACGUCCGAAUCCAAACUUCUACGACAGCUCGAAUCCUUCGUACGGCAGCAAUCCGUACACUGGAGGAGGAGGUGGCGGUCCGAACCAACCGCCCGGUGGUCCCCCCGGUGGACCUUACAUGAACCAGCAAAACCGCCCGCAAUUCGCUCCAAUCCAGACGGCCAACACCAGCGUCAACAGUAUGCCCUACUACUACCAACAGCAGAUGCGUGCUCAGCAACCACAGAUGAAUCCACGGAUGCCCCAACAACAGAUGAAUAAUUUCGCUGGAGGCCCACCGCCACCUCGACCGCCGAUGCAGAACACUUUCCCCUGGCAGCAGAAUUCCGGCCAACGACAACCGAGCGCAGCUGAACCGUACCAGUACGGAAACAACUACUACUAGGGGAAAGACAAGGAUUCCGGUGACUUUACAUUGAAUUGUAUGUAGAAUUAGGCACUAUAUCGCUUGAAGGUAAAUAUUUUAAGAUGAACAGAUUAUGUUCCAGCUGAAAUGAGAACUAAAGGACAUCCUCCCUCACUAUUA